AUGUCUCUCGAGUGUAUGGAACUUGACAUUGCAACCUUUGAUAGCGUGAGGCGCAGAGCUGUUCCCAGUCUUGGGCCGCCAUUGUGGAAGACCAUCAGCAAAUUGAUAGAUGUCCGCCUUAGAAUUCCCGAAUUAUGUUCACAUCUCUUUCUCCAGCCACCAGUCGUUGAGAUUGGGGGUUCCAGUCCCAACUCAAGAAAUGACGAAGACGCGGAGAAGCGCAAUCCUGGGAAGACCAUCGUCAUCAACAUCAUCAACGCCGGCCUCGAUGAUGCCGGUGCGCAAGGCGUCUCGCAACACUUUAACGAUGGUGUGUCAACACAAGCCCUACCCAGAGAGGCACUGAUCCGCAGGGCAGCCUCCGCCAUUGGGGCUGGGUUUCUCACAGGCGUUGACCGACUGUCGAUUUUCAGCGUCCAUAACAGACCACGCAACUGCGAAGGACCGACGGUCUUCUCGGCCAUCAAUGAGCAAGUGUUGGUUCCGCAAGCAAAGGUAGUGAAAUCGCCGUACAGGUCCUUCUUGGGUGGAAACACAGCAUUCUUGCGCUACAGGGACACUGAAAAAGAGCAAAGAGAAGCCUGGGGAGACUCGCAAAGCAUUAUAGACCUUGCCGAGGGCCAAGCAUGGGUCGAAACCGUCGAGGGCUACAGGGCAUCUCGCGGUUACUUCACACGGCACCUAAAUACGCGUUUCGGAGGCUGUACGCUCAAAAGACUCAACAUCCUGAUGGACAGACACACUGGAACUCGAAUCACAGGUGCCCUGAUACGAAAGGAGCAGAUGGAAGGACGACGCUUGUUGCGAGCGACAGAGACUGCAGGUAUCUGUGCUUUCGGCUGUGUCACGCGAGAACUUACGUCGGACGAGCAAGCCACGGGACAGCCAAUCAAUGGUGCAGACAGUGGCAGAGCUAUCGAUUUCUACGACCCUCGUCUUGAAAUUCGUGAUGCCAACGGGGUAGACCCAUAUCGCAUGUCGCUCAGCGAAUGUCUCUGA